UAAAAUUUAAAAACAAAAAGAAUAAUAUAUAAUAAUAUAAAUAGACAACACAGAUGCGUACUUUGUACUAUGUUGUCCGUUUGGGGUUGCUUUGCUAAUUGCUUUACCUGUUAUCAAUAGAUUGAUAGAAGGCAAAGAUUUUGUAAGCUUGUUUUGGUUAUGUGUGCAAGAAUUUUGAAAGGAAGAAGUUGAAUAAAAAGAAAAAGAAAAAAAAAGCUCUUAUAGUGGGGUUAUUGUGGCAGUGUGAAGAAGAGCAAGUUAAAGUUGUAUGGGGGCUUGAAAGUGGAGACUUUCGGAUGCAACAAACAAGAGACAUGUCGCAGCAGGCAACCACUCCAUCUCGCUUAAAAGCAUCGUCUUCAAAACUCAAGGACUCGCCAACUCCACCAAAACCAUCAAAUUCAAGAGCAAAAUCGUUAUUAUCCGCAGAUGUGAACCACAACCAUAAUUCCAUUAAGGUUCGGAGGCCACUCGGAGGGAGCAAGCAGCCCAAAUCUGCAGAGCAAUCAGAAGAAGCACCUUUGCCUCCUUCGGGAUCUCAAAAGGGUGGUGGUCUUGGUCGUCGGGAACUUGAGGAAUCUAAAGCUGUUGUGAGGCGGCAUCCAGUUGCUGUGGAGCAAUUUGCUCGGCCACGUCGCCACCAACGGUCAGCGUCUGUGAUGGAUCCCACCACUCCUAAGAAAAUUGAGCAUGACCCCCCUUCACAAUUACAUCGCAUCAGCAACAAGAAGAAGAGCAAUUCGGAGCAGGAGUUGCAGGAGAAGCUUGAGAUGAGCCAGAGUUUUAUUCGGAAUUUGGAGUCUGAAAUGCUCAGCUUGAAGGCAGAGUUGGACAAAGCUCGAGCCUUCAAUUUGGAGCUUCAAUCGCACAACGAUAAGCUCACUCGGGAUCUUGCCGCUGCUGAAGCAAAGGUACAAGCUCUUAGCAGCCGUGACCCGAGGGAAUCAAUUGGAGACGACCAGACUCCUAAAUUUAAAGACAUUCAGAAACUCAUUGCCAAUAGACUAGACCGCUCCGUAGUUAAACAUGAGGCAAUCAAUGGAGCAAACAAUAUCAAAAGGCCCUCCCCUUCCCUGCCACCAUCACCACCACCACCACCACCAACACCACCACCAGCAGGUGAUAGAAGUUCCAAAGACACUAACUUAGACAGGAAGGACCAAGCCUUACCAUCUCGUCUGCCGCCUCUUCCCCCACCACCCCCGCCUCCACUGCAGUCCUCAGCUAGACCAACUACCAACCUCAAGGCUCCUACACUUGUACAAUUCUAUCACUCAUUGACGAAGCAAGAGGGAAACAAAGAUUCCACAGGAUCAAGAAACCAUUAUCAUAAGCCAGCUGCUGUUAGUGCACAUAAUAGCAUAGUUGGAGAAAUCCAAAAUCGCUCUGCUCAUUUGUUAGCUAUCAAAUCUGACAUUGAAACCAAAGGACAGUUCAUCCAUGGCCUCAUUGAGAAGGUGCUGGCUGCAGCUUAUACGGAUAUAGAAGACGUUGUUAAAUUUGUAGAUUGGCUUGAUGGGGAACUCUCAUUAUUGGCAGAUGAACGGGCUGUUUUAAAGCAUUUUAAGUGGCCUGAGCGGAAAGCUGAUGCCUUGCGAGAGGCGGCCAUUGAAUAUCGUGAGCUUAAGUUGUUGGAAAAAGAGAUUUCUUCCUUCAAGGAUGACAUGGACAUUCCAUGUGCAGCUGCCUUGAAGAAGAUGGGCAGCUUACUUGACAAGUCGGAGCGAAGCAUACAGAGGUUGAUUAAACUGAGAAACUCAGUUCUGUGUUCUUAUCAAGAAUGCAGAAUUCCAACUGAAUGGAUGCUUGAUUCAGGAAUUGUGAGUGAGAUAAAGCAGGCUUCCAUGAAUCUGGCCAAAAUGUACAUGAAGAGAGUGACAUUAGAGAUUGAAUCCAUUCAGAAUUCAGACAGAGAAUACAGUCAAGAAUCUCUUCUGCUGCAAGGAGUAAAAUUUGCAUAUAGAGCUCACCAGUUUGCUGGAGGUCUCGAUUCAGAAACAUUAUGCGCCUUUGAAGAGAUAAGACAACGGUUUCCUGGACAAUUGGGAGGCUCCCGGGAGUUACUGGCUGGCAUACCAUCCUCAUAACAAUAACAAGUUCCCAUAGAGCAUCUUCUAACAACAACCAACUGCAAGCACAAAUUUGGAGAAUGUUGGCUUUGAAAGAGAUCAAGGUCAAGCAAUUUUGCUACCUGGCAAAUGCUUCUUGAAAAAGGGAAGAAGAUGGAUAUAGUGGCUAAUCUUUUGGUGAACUACUAGCAUGCCCUAAAUGUCCAAAGCUCUUAGUUCUAAAAUGUUCACUUAUUGAUAAAUCGUCUGUAUUUCCAGUUUCCAUUUUGCAGGGAGAACAAUGUUUUGUUAUGUAAUUAUAUUUGUACACUUUUUUUUUUUUUUUUUUUUUUUUGGUCUGUAACAAUAUAUAUCCUUAUUUGUAAUGUAGCUAAUCCAUCUAAUAUACAGGAGAUCCUUCCUUCUUUUUA